AUGGCGGCCACGGCGGUGUCGGCGACGAACCUCUUCGUGGCGGAUUACAGCGGCAAUAUCACGACGCUGAACCUUAGCGAGCAGAAUGGCUCAUACACUUUGGAGAAGACUCACGAAAACGACGGCUGUGCGCCGAACCCUUCCUGGCUCACCAUCGACGCCGGCCGCGGUCUGCUGUAUUGCAUGAACGAAGGCCUGGCGGAAAACUCCAACGGCUCACUGGCAUCCUUCAUCAUCAGCACCGACGGCAGUCUCAAGACCGUGCAGAACACCACCACUCCCAGCGGACCGGUCAGCGGCAUCAUCUACGGCGAACCGGCGGGUCAGCGGGGGAUUGCGCUGGCACAUUAUGGAGGCAGUGCGGUUAGCACGUGGAAGUUGGAGAACAAUGGCAGUUUCACCGAGAAUGAGGAGUUCUUCUACUAUCUCGACCAGCCGGGCCCUGUUGCCGAUCGACAGGAUGCGCCGCAUGAGCAUGAGGCGAUUACAGAUCCCACGGGCCAGUAUAUCCUCGUGCCGGACUUGGGCGCGGAUGUCGUGAGAGUGUUUUCUUGGGAGCAGGAGAGUUUGGCGUUGAAGACACUCGAGUCGCUCAAAGCCGCUGCUGGUUCAGGCCCUCGCCACGCGGCGUUCUAUACGCCAUCUGGAUUGCCUGGGAGUACGACGUAUUUCUACCUCGUGGCCGAACUCGCCAGCACCGUGACUUCGUAUGCGGUGACAUACCUCCCGGACAACAAGGGCUUGAGCUUCAAGGAACUCAGCAGCCAACCCACCACAGGCCCCUACACCCUCCACCGCACCAACGCCCCCGCCGAAAUCCACAUCUCCCCCGACAACCGCUUCGUCGUCAUCUCCAACCGCAACGACUCCUCCUUCUCCCUCCCGCAAUCCAACGGCACCAUCAUCGAGUCCGACUCCCUCUCCACCUUCGCCCUGAGUCCCGACAGCGGAGAACUCACCUUCCAUCAACUCUGGGCCGCAGGGGGAUCUUUCCCACGACAUUUCUCGAUUUCCGCGACGGGGAAUCUUGUGGCGGUGGGGCUGCAGAAUGAUCAGAGUGUUGUCGUGCUGGAGAGGGAUGUGGUGAGUGGGUUGAUUGGCGAGCCGGUGGGGAGGGUGAAUGUUGGGGGCAAUGUUACGGCUGUGGUGUGGGAUCAGGAGAGGGCGCUGGGUGGGCUUGGGGAUUAG